AUGGAUACUGGUCAUUUACGGCUUAGCUUAGGCUUAGGCUUAGGCUUAGGCUUAGGCUUAGGCUUAGGCUUAGGCUUAGGCUUAGGCUUAGGCUUAGGCUUAGGCUUAGGCUUAGGCUUAGGCUUAGGCUUAGGCUUAGGCUUAGGCUUAGGCUUAGGCUUAGGCUUAGGCUUAGGCUUAGGCUUAGGCUUAGGCUUAGGCUUAGGCUUAGGCUUAGGCUUAGGCUUAGGCUUAGGCUUAGGCUUAGGCUUAGGCUUAGGCUUAGGCUUAGGCUUAGGCUUAGGCUUAGGCUUAGGCUUAGGCUUAGGCUUAGGCUUAGGCUUAGGCUUAGGCUUAGGCUUAGGCUUAGGCUUAGGCUUAGGCUUAGGCUUAGGCUUAGGCUUAGGCUUAGGCUUAGGCUUAGGCUUAGGCUUAGGCUUAGGCUUAGGCUUAGGCUUAGGCUUAGGCUUAGGCUUAGGCUUAGGCUUAGGCUUAGGCUUAGGCUUAGGCUUAGGCUUAGGCUUAGGCUUAGGCUUAGGCUUAGGCUUAGGCUUAGGCUUAGGCUUAGGCUUAGGCUUAGGCUUAGGCUUAGGCUUAGGCUUAGGCUUAGGCUUAGGCUUAGGCUUAGGCUUAGGCUUAGGCUUAGGCUUAGGCUUAGGCUUAGGCUUAGGCUUAGGCUUAGGCUUAGGCUUAGGCUUAGGCUUAGGCUUAGGCUUAGGCUUAGGCUUAGGCUUAGGCUUAGGCUUAGGCUUAGGCUUAGGCUUAGGCUUAGGCUUAGGCUUAGGCUUAGGCUUAGGCUUAGGCUUAGGCUUAGGCUUAGGCUUAGGCUUAGGCUUAGGCUUAGGCUUAGGCUUAGGCUUAGGCUUAGGCUUAGGCUUAGGCUUAGGCUUAGGCUUAGGCUUAGGCUUAGGCUUAGGCUUAGGCUUAGGCUUAGGCUUAGGCUUAGGCUUAGGCUUAGGCUUAGGCUUAGGCUUAGGCUUAGGGCUAGGCUUAGGCUUAGGCUUAGGCUUAGGCUUAGGCUUAGGCUUAGGCUUAGGCUUAGGCUUAGGCUUAGGCUUAGGCUUAGGCUUAGGCUUAGGCUUAGGCUUAGGCUUAGGCUUAGGCUUAGGCUUAGGCUUAGGCUUAGGCUUAGGCUUUAGGCUUAGGCUUAGGCUUAGGCUUAGGCUUAGGCUUAGGCUUAGGCUUAGGCUUAGGCUUAGCUUAGGCUUAGGCUUAGGCUUAGGCUUAGGCUUAGGCUUAGGGCUUAGCUUAGGCUUAGGCUUAGGCUUAGGCUUAGGCUUAGGCUUAGGCUUAGGCUUAGGCUUAGGCUUAGGCUUAGGCUUAGGCUUAGGCUUAGGCUUAGGCUUAGGCUUAGGCUUAGGCUUAGGCUUAGGCUUAGGCUUAGGCUUAGGCUUAGGCUUAGGCUUAGGCUUAGGCUUAGGCUUAGGCUUAGGCUUAGGCUUAGGCUUAGGCUUAGGCUUAGGCUUAGGCUUAGGCUUAGGCUUAGGCUUAGGCUUAGGCUUAGGCUUAGGCUUAGGCUUAGGCUUAGGCUUAGGCUUAGGCUUAGGCUUAGGCUUAGGCUUAGGCUUAGGCUUAGGCUUAGGCUUAGGCUUAGGCUUAGGCUUAGGCUUAGGCUUAGGCUUAGGCUUAGGCUUAGGCUUAGGCUUAGGCUUAGGCUUAGGCUUAGGCUUAGGCUUAGGCUUAGGCUUAGGCUUAGGCUUAGGCUUAGGCUUAGGCUUAGGCUUAGGCUUAGGCUUAGGCUUAGGCUUAGGCUUAGGCUUAGGCUUAGGCUUAGGCUUAGGCUUAGGCUUAGGCUUAGGCUUAGGCUUAGGCUUAGGCUUAGGCUUAGGCUUAGGCUUAGGCUUAGGCUUAGGCUUAGGCUUAGGCUUAGGCUUAGGCUUAGGCUUAGGCUUAGGCUUAGGCUUAGGCUUAGGCUUAGGCUUAGGCUUAGGCUUAGGCUUAGGCUUAGGCUUAGGCUUAGGCUUAGGCUUAGGCUUAGGCUUAGGCUUAGGCUUAGGCUUAGGCUUAGGCUUAGGCUUAGGCUUAGGCUUAGGCUUAGGCUUAGGCUUAGGCUUAGGCUUAGGCUUAGGCUUAGGCUUAGGCUUAGGCUUAGGCUUAGGCUUAGGCUUAGGCUUAGGCUUAGGCUUAGCUUAG